AUUAAAAGAUGAGUGGAAAGUGUCUUCUUUUUCCACUCCUUUGUAACUUGUUGUCCACUAUUAUUCCCACCUCUCCACCACUACCAAAACGACAAAAGAAGAAAAAAAAAAAAAGAGAGCGAGGCAUGGAUCUAGACUGGGUAGCAACUUUCCUCAAGGACUACGAAUGGCUGAUCGAGUAUCUCAGAAACAUGGUGAAGCCCGCGGCGGCGCUCGCCGUGGUCCUGCUAGCCGUGGCUCUCUCCUACUCACAGAACCUCUCUUUGGAAGGAGAAAUGAUUUACUCUGUUUUCAGAUCGUUUCUUCAGCUCUCUGUUAUCGGAUUCGUUCUUCAGUUCAUCUUUAACCAAGAAAACGCAGGCUGGAUCAUCCUCGCUUAUCUCUUCAUGGUCUUCGUCGCUGGUUACACCGCCGGACAACGUGCCAAGCACGUUCCACGUGGAAAGUACGUGGCCGGGGUUUCUAUCCUCGCCGGAACAGGUAUAACAAUGUUUCUGCUUGUUGUCCUCAACGUCUUUCCUUUCACUCCGAGGUAUAUGAUCCCUGUGGCGGGGAUGAUGGUUGGGAACGCCAUGACGGUCAUUGGAGUUACAAUGAAACAGCUACGAGAUGACAUCAAGAUGCAACUUAACCUGGUGGAGACGGCAUUAGCACUAGGAGCAACACCACGACAAGCUACGCUGCAACAGGUGAAGAGAGCUUUGGUGACAUCUCUAUCUCCGGUUUUGGAUAGCUGCAAAACCGUUGGUUUGAUCUCUCUACCAGGGGCGAUGACCGGUAUGAUAAUGGGCGGAGCGUCGCCUCUUGAAGCUAUUCAGCUACAGAUCGUUGUGAUGAACAUGAUUGUUGGAGCAGCCACGGUUAGUAGCAUCAUGUGUACGUAUCUUUGUUGGCCAUCUUUCUUCACUAAAGCUUACCAGUUACAAACUCAUGUCUUCUCAAGUUGAAAUUUUAAUCAUCCUUAUACUUUCAACAACAUUUGCCAAUUGUCUGAAAUUGAAAACCAAACCAUUAUGUCUUAAAAACAUAUUGUGUAAUUAACCUGAACAAAAAACAUCCAAAACAA